AAAACAAUAGGCCAGACCAUUUUCUCCCUCACUGAGUGGGCAUGAUGUCAAGCUUAGUAGUGCUCGGGUCAAGUUCAGCAGCCGAUUAAGAUCAUGUACGCAAUCUCUGCGUCACAAUAGAUCAUGGAGUUACCACACGGGCCAUUGUCCGAGAACAUUGGGCUGUUGGCACAGUUUGGCAAAGUUCUCGCGAGACCGACGACUAAUGUACCGCAAACAAUUCUGCUGGAACAAGACUCCCGUGGCUAUGUGAGGGCACUCUCCUUCAGACAAGAGCUCCGAACAGCUGAAGCCUUUGCGUUAUUACUAUCUACGACACACGACUACAAAAAGGUAGGGGCUGUGUGUAUCGAAGAGGAUAGUCUGGAAAACAGGUUUAUUGUGAGAUCAGCCGUCAAUCUAGGAGAACAGAAGCAGAGAAAACAGACCUUCGAUCGACUAUUGCAAGCGGGGAGAAAGUCUGCAGAAUUAGGAGACAGCAGCGGUAUACUGGUGCUUGAUGCAGCUGUCGAGACAAAUCACAAACGGAUUCUUGGUAGAUUACGGUCUAAGCACGGUCCUAAAUCGCCCGUUCGUAGUCUUAUUUCACGACUGGACGAAGAACUGAAGGUAGCGAGACCACUUGGAGACACUACCACGAUGACAAAGUUACGACAAUCUGUCCAACGAUUAUCUAGUAACUUCAGAUCAUUCGAAGCUCUACCAAGAGUGAUAGCUCAUGGGAUAGAUGGCCGAGUAGCCAUAAGAAAGAUUCUGUUGAUUAUACAUGCCGACUUCGACUUUGGGGCCUUUCAUGAUCUUCAAUCCAGACAUAGGCCCCGUCACCCCGAUCUCGAGAAAAAGCUCCGUAAGUUGUCCCAGUACGUGUCAACUUCACAACAUAUCGCACGUAUCAUACGCCGCCACAGCAACUGGAAAUUUGCAGAGGUUCUGAACGGGCCAUACGCCAAUAAGAUCGGCGGGGCUCAGCCUGAGGGUACGGGCCUUCUCACUCGAAGCUUGUCAUCCAAGAAGACGAAGGAAAGGGAGCAAUUCGAAGUGGCCCUAGGCACAAGCCUCAACAAGAAAUGUGCGGCUGUGCAAGCCAUUGUCUAUGAAGGCUGCAACUUAGAGUGCAAAGUCCACGCUGAAGUCCAGAUCAUCUAUCACUACCUGCAGAACCCGCAAGUUACUGUGUUACCUCGAGUCAUCGCCUCCAACAAGAAGGCAUGUUAUCUAUGCGACCUCUUCAGCAAAACUCAUGGCGUAUACUACAUUCCCAAGACUCACGGGCGACUGUAUCCGAAAUGGCGUCUGCCAGAAACUGACGAACUCAUACUCACAAAGCAGACAAAGAAGAUUUCACGUGGUAUAGUGUCGAACUUCAGUAAAGCUGUUGAGGAGGUCAUCAAGCAAAAAUGUCAACUACGAAUGGCACGAAUCCCACAACCAAGCGAAAGUAGUGCGUUUCGUUCUGGGUCCAAUACCGCUUCUGUUAUUUCAGGCGCGGUAGCGGCAGCGUUCCCAAGCAAUACAUCUAUCACAGUAGCGAAUCUAAAUUCGGCCACAAAAGUCACCGAGACAGUUCUGAGCUCUAGGUCAGAAUUCGACCGAGCGGAUACUGUUCAAAUAGACACGGGGUUUCUACAAAAUAACGAACCAUCAAUUCGUGACAAAACACUACCUUCAUCCAGGGCCUCCUCCGCCGUGCCUAGCGAGACUACACCACAAUCUGUGACGAUCAAUGUGAUCAAACAGGAGAGUACCGGUGACGCAGAAGGCUCUAGUCAGUAUUGUGAUGCGCAGCCUGCUACGUCACUGCCCAGUCUCCAUAACAGCAAAUAUUCAGAUUCUCUAGAUGCGACAGGACAUCCCUUGUCACCACGGUCUUCUUGUAGAAGUGAAAGUCCAGGAAACAAAUUACUGGAAUCACAUACUUUUCAUCUAGCACAAGGUCAAGCACAGGAGAUCACCAUUGUUUCCGGUCAAACGGUACGAGUCCAUACUCCAAAAAUUCGGAUCGAGAUCCUGAACUCAAGCUCAAAAGCAACGGGUACAGCAGAAUUAGAAAAGUGUCUGAACAUCGAGUGGCUUUCACAGCGGCAAAGCACAGCCUGCCCUCAUGAAAGUUUUCGUAGAAUUGAUGUAAUGAUGGAGGGCUUGGAUGCUGGAGAGAUUGAGUGUGAUCAGCUUAUGCAGGAUGGCGUAAUUCUCUUCAAAGGAACGUGCUCUGUUAUGAUGAAAGUCAUAUAGACGUCGUUGAUAUGCUUGUUAUUAUCAAUUCAUCUCCGUAUGAAUACUAAAUCACAUUGCAGAGACAACAUUUAUUGUUGCGACCGGCGUGACAUAUUCACAAAAGAGCUAUUCGGAGUUUUGGAGUUUUGUGCGCAGAUCGGAGAGUUAAAAACAGACUGUGGGAAUUAUUCGUGGUCUCGACCGCAGAAAAUACUAA